GAAACUUUAAACUUGUGUAAUAGUUAGAAACAUUCACUGCAAAUAGAAGGUUAUGAAUUGUAUUGAUUAUCGGCAUAUUAAAUGGAUGAAGAUUGUAUUUUCUGCAUAAUAUCAAAAGGCGAAGACAAAGAAACAGAAAUUCUUAAACAGGAUGAAGAACUGAUGUGUUUCCGAGACAUUAAUCCUGCUGCCCCCCAUCACUACCUUAUUAUACCCAAAGUACAUAUUGUCAGCUGUCUAUGUUUACAAUGGUAUCACCACAGUCUUGUUGAGAGAAUGGCUGAAAUGGGCAAAGCUGUUUUACUAGAACAAGGGGUUAGUGACAUGACAGACAUUAAGCUUGGUUUUCAUAUACCGCCAUACACUUCAGUGAAUCACCUCCAUCUUCAUGUAGUCGCUCCCACAGAGCAUAUUUCACACUAUUUACGUUAUAAAUUCACCCCUGGCGAACGAUUUGUGGAGGUUGACUAUUUUCAGAAAAUUCUGCGCAACAGCCAGCCUCAUAGUGAAUUACACAGCUGCUGCCCUCUCUGAAGAACUACACAAUAUUGAUGAAGACAAAUGCUAGAAUCAUGCAAAGGUUGUGAUUAUACUCAGGGCA